AUGGCUACCCCAGAACCUAUCGAGAACCCCGACUCUCCCAUGCCCGAUGCAACUUCAGACGACGACGACGACGAUCAAGAGCUGAUCGCUUUGGGUACUUCGCUCAUCCAAGCUGUACUGGAGCGCAAAUCGCGCGAAGACAUCAAAACCAUACUUGCCGCCGGCGCACCGACAUGGUAUCAGGAUGACGAUGGCUGGAGUGUGCUACAUGCCGCAGCACAAGUUGAAGAUGCUUCUAUCAUACCGUUGCUAUUGGAGGAGGGCGCGCUGUGGAACUGCGUCGACAAUCUCGGCAAUUCACCUGGGGACAUUGCACUCAGUAUGAACAAUGAGGAGUGCUAUACGGCUAUACGCGACGCCGGCCUUCGUUCAGAGUUGACGCUUCAACUUCUUUCCGCGCAUACAGCCGACAUGCCCUCGGAACUCGUCUUCAAAGUCGAAGACGACAGCGCACUAGCAUCGACAGAUGCGUAUCUUCAGUCGCAGUUGCGAUAUACGACAGAUGGGUAUGGCCAGGAGAUCGUACUACUACGCGAUCCUGACAACGGGAUCGAGGUCGGCGUGAUGAUGGGGUGGGAGAAAGAGUUGAUGCAGGAAAGCGUUAGAGCCUUAUGUGCGGAACACCCGACGUUGAAAGCGGGAAAAGGGCUAAGGAUAUUGAAUGUUGGCUUUGGACUGGGCAUCAUCGACAGCUUAUUUCAAGAGCUUAACCCUCCACCAGCAGAACACGUCAUCAUCGAACCGCAUCCGGAUGUAUUGGCACAUAUGCGGGAGCGAGGCUGGUUCGAGAAGCCGGGCGUCAGGAUACUCGAGGGGAAGUGGCAAGACUUUGUCGGGACUGAUGCGUUGAAGGAUGGAGGGUUUGAUGUCGUCUAUACGGAUACGUUCUCGGAGGACUACGAAGCGCUACACAAGUUCUUCAAGCACGUCCCAAAGUUGCUUUCUGGUCCGGAUGCAAGAUUCGGGUUCUUCAAUGGACUUGGCGCGACAAAUGCUGUGUUCUACGACGUGUAUACAAGACUAGCGGCGCUGAACCUUGACGAUUUAGGGUUAGAGACGGAGUACGAGGAUGUUGACGUUGCGGAGAAGCAGGGUGUGGAUCGGUGGGGGCGGACGAGAGAGUACUUCUCCAUGCGACUGUAUCGGAUGCCUGUGUGCAGACUCAAGCCCGCUACUUCGUAG